CCCAACAAACACGACUCACAUACACAUACAACUGCAGAAGAAAACAUGGCUGGUGGACCCGCUCCCACAGGGCCCUCCGCCUCACCAUUGGGCCAGGCUUGGGGCUAUGGAAUUGUACUUGGAAUCGGGUUUUUGUUUGCGCUUGGGAUGGUCUUCACAACAUGGGCUCUUAAACGGUACAAUAAUGAGCUCCAAACCUCUGAGAUGUUCUCCACCGCCGGGCGAACGGUGAAAUCGGGACUUGUGGCGAGCGCAGUGGUUUCGUCGUGGACGUGGGCGGCGACGUUGUUACAGUCGAGCAGUGUUGCUUUUCGAUAUGGUGUCUCGGGACCAUUGUGGUACGCAGCCGGCGCAACGGUGCAGAUUCUGUUAUUUGCAACGGUGGCGAUUGAGUUGAAAAGGCGGGCGCCGAAUGCUCAUACAUUCCUCGAAGCCGUCCGCGCACGCUAUGGAACCGCCACCCACUUUGUCUACAUAGCUUUCGGCCUCUUUACCAACAUCCUUGUCACCGCUAUGCUCCUUACAGGUGGGUCAGCUGUUGUAUCCUCGCUAACUGGAAUUCCUACUGCAGCAGCGUGCUUCCUGCUCCCGUUAGGCGUCGUUAUUUACACCAUGUUUGGCGGUAUUAAAGCGACUUUCCUUACUGACUAUAUUCACACGGUCAUCCUACUCGUUAUUAUACUGGUAUUCGCGUUUACGACGUUUGCGAGCGGCGAGCGACUGGGCUCGCCGCGGGCGGUGUACGAUGCGCUUACGGAUCUUGCUUCCCAUUCUCCGGUUGAAGGGAAUGAAGGAGGGAGCUAUUUGACUAUGAGGAGUAAGGAGGGUGCCAUCUUUUUCGUGAUUAAUAUUAUUGGUAAUUUCGGAACCGUGUUCAUGGAUAACGGGUAUUACAACAAGGCCAUUGCUGCGAGCCCGGUGCAUGCGCUUCCAGGGUAUAUCAUUGGAGGUCUCUCUUGGUUUGCCAUUCCGUGGUUGUGUGCGACCACUAUGGGUCUUGCCGCUCUUGCGCUCCAGAGGUCACCAUACUUCCCGACAUACCCACAUCUGAUGACUGAAGCAGAUAUCAGCGCUGGACUUACGCUUCCUUACGCAGCUACUGCGAUUCUUGGAUCGGGAGGCGCUGUCGCAACAUUGCUGAUUGUGUUUAUGGCGGUUACUUCUGCGUUCUCAGCUCAGCUUAUUGCUGUCUCGUCUAUCCUUACAUACGACAUCUACAACACUUACAUAAACCCUAAAGCCAGUGGAAAAACACUUGUAUGGACUUCACACGCUUGCGUUGCCGGUUUUGGACUUGUUAUGGCUGCUUUUUCGACUGGCUUGCAUUAUGCGGGAAUCAGCAUGGGGUACCUCUAUCUCUUGAUGGGGGUAAUAAUCUCUUCAGCUGUACUUCCAGCUACGUUAACGUUGAUGUGGAAAGGGCAGAAUUUCUGGGCGGCUACGUUUUCUCCGGUACUAGGACUGUGCUGCAGUAUUGUCGCGUGGCUUGUGACAACUUCCAAGCUUAACGAUGGCGUUAUUAAUGUAACGACUUCUGGCGCUAAUAAUCCCAUGCUAGCAGGCAAUGUCGUCGCGCUUCUAUCGCCCGCGAUUUUCAUCCCAAUCUUCACUCUGGUGUUUGGGGUGGAUACGUACGAUUGGGUAUCGAUGAAGAACAUUCGACUUGUGGAUGACUCGGACGUCGCCGCUGCUGCAAAUCUUGACCCUGAAGCGCUUAUCAGCCACCACAUGGAGCUGAGUCCAGAGGCUGAGGCUUUAGAGCAAGCGAAGCUACUCCGCGCCAGCAGGAUUGCGAAAAUCACUACGGCUUCGAUGACGCUUAUUUUACUUGUUCUCUGGCCUAUACCAUUGUAUGGUACAGGGUAUGUUUUUAGUCCAUCUUUUUUCGCAGGAUGGGUUAUCAUGGGCAUCAUAUGGCUUAUGUGCUCAACGGCUGCUGUUGGCGUCUACCCGUUGUGGGAGGGCCGAAUGAGUCUUGCGAGGAACUUUGGCGGCAUGUGGCGUGACAUUACAGGGAAGGGCGCAAAGAGGCAUGAUGACCACGUCGAGGAUUUUGCGGUUGUCGAGGGACAUACGCUCAAAAAAGAGGUGGCGAGCGAGACACCCUUGAAGAAUGAAUAG